AUGGCUGAUUCGGACGAGGAAUAUGUCGGAUCUGGUUCGGAGGAUGAGAUCGAUGCCCACAUGGUAUCGAGUGGUGCUGGAACACGCUCUGCUCGGAAGAAGCAGCGCGGAGGUGCCACUUUUGAGGUCUCGAGGACUUGGGAAUCCGUCAUUGAAGGUGCAGACGGUACGAUCAGCUCGACUGUCGAGGGGCUAUUAGAAGCUGGAAAGAGGAAGAGGUUACUCCGAGAUACCACACCUUUACAACGAGGAAUCAUUCGUCACCUCAUCCUAGUCCUUGACCUUUCCCAGUCAAUGGCGGAGAAGGACAUCCGGCCAACACGUUAUUUAUUAGCUCUACGAUACGCCCAAGAGUUUGUCAUUGAAUUCUUUGAACAAAAUCCUAUAUCCCAACUCGGAGUCAUUGGCAUGAGGGAUGGUCUGGCCGUACGAAUAAGUGAUAUGAGCGGGAACCCUACGGACCACAUCACUGCAAUCCAUGCUUUAAGACCAGACGAUCCGAAAGGUUUACCUAGCUUGCAAAAUGCUCUGGAGAUGGCGAGAGGCGCACUUUUUCAUACCCCCAGUCAUGGCACCCGUGAAGUGCUAAUAGUUUUUGGAUCACUUCUUUCUUCGGACCCAGGAGACAUUCACCAAACUCUAAAGUCUCUCGUUGCAGACAAAAUCCGCGUGGGCAUCGUCGGGCUGGCUGCACAAGUCGCAAUCUGUCGCGAACUAUGCGCAAAAACGAACGGUGGAGACGACUCUGUAUACGGGGUAGCUCUCAACGAGCAACAUUUCAGAGAACUGAUGAUGGAAGUUACAAUCCCACCAGCGGCAUAUUCCUACAGAAAAUCGAGCAGUGCUCUCUUGAUGAUGGGAUUCCCAUCGCGCACAGUAGAGUCCUUUCCAUCUCUAUGUGCCUGCCACUCAAAACCCUCUUGCGGUGGAUAUCUGUGCUCGCGUUGUGGGAACAAACCCGUUCUUACCAUCACCUUUUCCCUCUCAUCAACUGGGUUGAGGUACCCUGGAAACGAGCAUUACGCAGCACCCAUUGCUUUGCCUGCGGCAUACGGUUUCCGACUGUACCCCCGGCAGAUCAAUGGGGAGCUUCAGAGAACCAAGCCAAGGGAAUGA